GGCCUGCGCCCCAAUCCCCAUCCUGCCAGGCAACCACCAUGUCGACGCCGCCGCUCUCUGGGUCGGCGUCCGCUUCGUCGAGCGCGUCGUCGACCGGCUCCUCGUCCCCGACUAUCGACUUCUCCCAGCUCAGCUCGGAAGAGUCCCUCGACCUCCUCCUGCAGACGAUCUCCCAGAAUGCAAACUCGGGCACGGUCUCAGACGAGUCUCCCGCAGACACGCCUCCGGACUGGGAGCAACUCGCUGCGUGGGCGCGGAAUGAAAGCAACAACAAGAUCCCAGACUUCAGCGAUUUCAACUUCUCGCUUCCCAUGGACCUGGACUUCGACCCGAACAUGGCAAUCGACCCCAGCGCGCUGCACUUUGGCUCUAUAUUCGAGCAGAGUCUCGCUAUGCCCUCGGAAGCUGUGUACGCAGCUCAGGCGACCAGCCAGACCCAGAGCCUCGUCUACCCUUCACCGGAGGACAUGAACUGGCUCAACCAGCAGCAUAUGCAACCCGAGACUGGCAGGCGACUCAGCAUAACCUCCUCUUCUUCUUCGUCUGGCGCGUCCCUCUCGCCCGUGAUGGAGAAUUCAUCUGUCAGCAGCAGCGCAUCCGCCAGCAGCUCGCCGCCAAGCGAGAGCUACUUCAGCGACCCGGCACAGGAGCUCGCGCACAAGGUCCGUCAGAUGGCGGGCGUGACACUGGCUGUCCCCGUCAGCGCACAGGUGCAGCAGAUGGUCGCAGCAGGCGGCCAAGCGAAGCUGCCUAUCCCCCGCCUCCCACGCCCGGCCCUCUCCGCCGCCCCGAGCAGGCAAAGCCCACCGAAGAGUGUCCCGAGCCCGGAUUCAACAUCCUCGUCGCUUAGCUCGCCGAAGAGCGACUCGCCCAUCGAAGCGCCGCCGCCACCGCCCGUGCAGUCCGUGAUCGGGCGGCCCAAGACGAGCCACACCACGAUCGAGCGACGGUACCGGACUAAUCUCAACGCGCGGAUCACCGGCCUGAAACAGGCGGUGCCUGCGCUGCGCGUGCUGGAGGCCAAGGUGAACAACGCGGAGAACCUGUUCAACGAUGUUGUGGAUUCGCGCGGCUUCGUGGACGGUGUGAAGGUCGCGCGUAAGAUGAGCAAAGCGAACGUUCUCGGCAAGGCUGCUGAGUACAUCAAGGUACUCAAGAAGCGCGAGGCGCGCAUGAAACGGGAACAUGACGGGCUUAAAACCCUCAUCGCUGGUCUCGUCGGCGGCCCGGCACUCCUCAAGGAGUGGGAGCGCGAGUGGCGGGAGCGAUUCGGCGGCGAGGAGAAGGACGAGAUCGAGGAAGACGGCGGAGGAGGCGGCAGCGACGACGAGGACGGCGAUGGCGAAGACAGUGAUGACGAGGACGGCCGCGCGAAGAAGAAGCCGAAGAUCGCGAAGCCGGUGAAGAAAGAGAAGCCUCCUCGUCCUCCACCUGCGCUUGUGCAGGUCGUCCCCGCUGCGCCAGGCAUCCCCGGCGCAGUCCCGGAGAAGCGGAAGCGCGGCCGCCCGCGCAAGAACCCGCUACCCCCUGUCCCAGCUGCUAUUCAAGCUGCAUCUGCUCCCGUCGCGCUCACUGUGCCUCCCGUGUUCCCCGUGGAUGUCAAGAUGGAGGACAGCAUGGCUCAGUCUGCGGAGCAGAGCGCGCAGCAGGCGCCCGCGCAGCAGUACCUCCUUGCAGCCUUCGCGUUCUUCUCGGUCUUCAACAACCCUCUUGCUACUCGGACACAUACGUACACGCAUAGUCACGCCGAGCAUGCGCACCAAGGAACCGUCCUGACUCCACACCAACCCGCGUACUCGCAGCCGGCGUUCCCAACCCCAUCUAUGCCCGUUGUGAGCGGCUUCGGCAUGAGCGAAGUCGUCCAGGGCAUCCACCUGCUCGUGUCUACUUUGGUGUUCGUCUAUGUCCUUGUACCUUGGUUGUCAGGCGCGCUCCGGCAUACUCGUGGCCUCUCUGUCUUGUCUGCGCUUGCCUCGCGCGUCCGCGCCGCACACACGCACACAGAAGAACCGACCCCGGAGACGACUGUCGAGACCGUUCGUGUCACAAAGUCCCGUAGUCCUCAGGACAACGCGCUUAUGGACAUCCUCCACGACGCUCUGCACCCUAUGCGCCGUGGUUCUCCCGACGAGGCCGCGCUCCUUCGCCGUGCUCUGGGCAUAUCGGCCGGUGUCCUCGGAUUGAUGCAAGGUGUCAUCAAGGCUAGCAGACGCGACCGGGGUCUUGAGCUGAACCAACUUGAACAACGCGCUUGGGUGCGCUUGGGCGAGCUCGUUGCCUUCAACGACCAAGUCGGCAAGGCUACUCGCAUUCAGACCUACUGGUGCAUGGCCUGGCAUGUCUCGACCUUCUCCACCUCCACUACGGAUCUCUCAGCCCUGGCUCUGAUCAUCCGCCCCGUCUCCUCUUCGAAGGCCACCGCGCUCUGGGACGCCGCGCGUAAGCGCGAGGUCCUGCGUCCGCACGAGAAGAUCGUCCUGGACAACAUGAGCGUGGACGACGCGGCUGAGUGGCUGGCGAAGUGGCAGCGCUGGCACGAGACGGAGCGCACGGGCCGCUGCGCCGCGUGCGAGAAGCGUACACCGCUCGGCGUCCUCGCUGCGAUCCUCAUUCGCGCGCGCCUCCGGAAGCACGCCGCGGCGCUGUUCGUCCGCACCGUCGUGCGGGACGACGCCCGCGCGGGCGCGGAUGAGUGCUGCAAGGGCGACGGCUUCGAGUACGAUGCGGACAAGGACUUCCGCGAGGAGCACGAACGCACUGAGACCGUUCAAGCGGGCAAGUCGAUCGGCGGGCGGACUGCUGAGCUUGCUGUGCUGUUGGAGCGGAUUUGGGAUACCGGCUUCUGCACUCAUGAGGACGUCCUGCCCAGGCAGCAGGACGACGAGGAUGCGGACUGCGAGGACGCGCAUGACCUGGCAAGCAAGGACGAGGCUGAGAUUCGCUCUCUGCUCAGCGCAACAAUCAUCUACCGACGUAUCUUCCCUUCUUCGUUCCCCGCCUGCUCUACGUCUGUUUCGUUCAUCCUCUCCCCUCCACCAUCCCCGUCGCAGCGCAACGCGACGCUGCAUAUGGCGUUGCGGACAGCGCUGGGUUCGCGAGCAUUUGAGUUCGCUAGCGGCGGGCGCCUCGAGGACGAGGAGCUCGCUGUCGCCCUGGAGGACUCGCGUGACCGUGUCUGCGACAUGCUCGUGGAGCUGGAGAAGUCAUGUAGGAGGGGCGCGAGAUUUUAAGUCGAGUCCCUUUGUAUGAGUAUGCGAUCGCGAGUAAUCAAGUAGUAGUAGUACGCUUGCUUUGUGACUUUCCACUGUCCUACCUUAGGCUCUUGCAUAGAUGCUAUGUUGGUUGUAGGUAUUUAUGCUUGGAUUACUGUAGGCCAUUUUGACAUUGUAACGCCCAUUGGUAGCCUGAGACUUGAAUAUUGAAUAGGCGCAUGGUUCUUGCUUCGUCGUUUCGAUGUUCCUGCGCUCAGAGCUGCUGGUCAGAGUGGGAUUGAAAUGGUGCAACAUGCCUGCGGCCUCGCGGCCGAGGUCGCCCUGUGGCUAGUCUCCCCACGCAGACGUAGACAAUUCCUUCAACCUUCGUGCCUCAGGAUAUCCUUGUCUGACCCUGUGGCAGACUUGUGGCGGACUCACGACUGGCCUUUGCCGGCCCAGCAGCCAUCUCGAGCUCGCAGUCGCAUCUCGACC